AUGGUUUCGCAGAGAGUGACUUACCGCCGCCGCAAUGGCUACAACACCACCUCCAACCGAACCCGAGUGAUCAAGACUCCCGGUGGUGAUAUCCGUCUGCUUCACAUCAAGAAGCGCGGCACUGUCCCCAAGUGUGGUGACUGCGGUGACAAGCUAUCUGGCAUCCCCGCUCUCCGACCCCGCGAGUACUCUCAGAUCUCCAAGCCCAAGAAGACCGUCCAGCGUGCCUACGGUGGUUCUCGAUGUGGCAACUGUGUCCGCGACCGCAUCGUCCGAGCUUUCCUCAUUGAGGAGCAGAAGAUCGUCAAGAAGGUGCUGAAGGAGCAGGAGCAGAGCCAGAAGAAGAAAUAA